GCGUGUCUGGUGACGUUUCAACAGUCGACUCGUUCUGAAGCCUCCGGGGCCGAGGCCUAGGUAUUUUUUGUUGUUGUGAAAAAUUUCCAACAAAUGUCCAUUUUUUUGUGCCCGUUUGGAGCGGGGUCUGGACCUUAUGAGGCAUUUUGGCUGGAGGUAGACUGCGGAAGAAAACCACAAUAGUUGGAAAAGCCAGCAAGUUGCAGGAACUAACGUCAGCGCGAGGAAAUAAGGAUUGAAAAAAUAUGACAUCUCGGAGGUGGUUCCACCCCAAUAUCACGGGGGUGGAGGCUGAGAAUCUGCUGCUGACACGGGGGGUGGACGGGAGCUUCCUGGCCCGACCCAGCAAGAGCAACCCUGGAGACUUCACCCUCUCUGUCAGACGUAACGGAGCUGUCACCCACAUUAAGAUCCAGAACACAGGGGAUUACUAUGACCUGUACGGGGGGGAGAAGUUUGCCACCCUGGCUGAGCUGGUUCAGUACUACAUGGAGCACCACGGCCAACUCAAGGAGAAGAAUGGAGAUGUCAUCGAGCUCAAAUACCCCCUCAACUGUGCUGACCCCACCUCUGAGAGGUGGUUCCAUGGUCACCUGUCAGGCCGCGAGGCUGAGAAGCUGCUGACAGAGAAGGGGAAGAACGGUAGUUUCCUGGUCAGAGAGAGCCAGAGCCACCCUGGAGACUUCGUUCUGUCCGUCCGUACCGGUGACGACAAGACAGACAGCAGCGAUGGCAAGCCUAAGGUCACUCACGUCAUGAUCCGCUGCCAGCAUGACCUGAAGUAUGAUGUGGGUGGAGGAGAGAAAUUUGAUUCUCUGACAGACCUGGUAGAGCACUAUAAGAAGAACCCCAUGGUGGAGACACUGGGCACGGUGCUGCAACUCAAACAGCCCCUGAACACCACUCGUAUCAACGCAGCGGAGAUCGAGAGUAGAGUGAGAGAGCUUAGUAAACUAGCCGAGGCCACGGACAAGGUCAAGCAGGGCUUCUGGGAAGAGUUUGAGACUCUGCAGCAGCAGGAGUGUAAGCUGCUAUACAGCCGCAAGGAGGGACAGAGAGCAGAGAACAAGAACAAGAACCGAUACAAGAACAUUCUUCCCUUUGAUCACACUCGUGUGGUGCUGAACGAUGGGGAUGGAUCUGAGGCUGGUUCUGACUAUAUCAAUGCUAAUCUCAUCAUGGUAGUAACGGACAUCAUGCCGGAGUUGGAGUCCAAGUGUAACAGCACCAAGCCGAAGAAGUCGUACAUCGCCACGCAGGGCUGUCUACAGAACACCAUCAGUGACUUCUGGAGGAUGGUGUUCCAGGAGAACUCCCGGGUCAUCGUCAUGACUACCAAGGAGGUGGAGAGAGGAAAGAGUAAGUGUGUGAAGUACUGGCCAGACAUGUCAGCUCUGAAGGAGUAUGGAAUCAUGCGUGUCCGCAACGUCAAAGAGACGUCCGCUCACGACUACAUCCUGCGAGAACUCAAACUGUCCAAGGUCGGACAGGGUAACACAGAGCGGACAGUGUGGCAGUACCAUUUCAGAGCGUGGCCAGACCAUGGGGUCCCUACAGACCCCGGGGGUGUUCUGGACUUCCUAGAGGAGGUCAACCUCAAACAGGAGAGCAUUCUAGAGGCUGGACCAAUAGUGGUGCACUGCAGUGCUGGUAUCGGGCGGACAGGAACGUUCAUAGUGAUUGACAUCCUCAUUGACGUCAUCAGGGAAAAAGGAGUGGACUGUGACAUAGACGUUCCUAAGAGCAUCCAGAUGGUUCGUUCCCAGCGGUCUGGGAUGGUUCAGACUGAGGCCCAGUACAGGUUCAUUUACAUGGCUGUCCAGCACUACAUAGAGACACUGCAGAGACGCAUAGAGGAAGAACAGAAGAGUAAGAUAAAGGGGAGGGAGUACACCAACAUUAAGUAUUCUCUAUCUGACCUGACGGGUGGAGACCAGCUGCAGAGCCCUCUGCCUCCCUGCACCCCCAGCCCCACCCCCAACUGCACAGAGAUGAGGGAGGACAGCUCUAGAGUGUAUGAGAACGUCGGUCUGAUGCAGCAGCAGAAGAGCUACAGAUGAGAUUCACCUUUGACCCCCACGCUGUCCCAGGAAUCUGUUAAAUUUUUGUUGCCAGCUGCACCUGAACACCUGAGACGUGAUCACGAUGACUACACGGAAAAGAAGAAAACGUAAAAUAACAAAAAACAAAAAUCUGAGAGAGGUCUGAGAGAACCGAGACUAACGGAGAGGUUUUUGUUCCCUUCCUCCUCCUCUGCUCCUUAUCCUCGUCCCCCCUCUCUCUCCAGGAACAGUAGCCCUCUAGUCCCCUAAACCACUGUGAUUAUCUGGAGAGCCCUAACGAGCUUAAUGACAGAACUUAAUAACAAGCCUAAAGCCCUAAACUUAACCUCAGCCUGAGUUUAGACCUUCUCAGACCAGACCCAGGCUGCUCUGUUCUCAGCUCACUAGAGGGAGAAUAACCUAGCUUACCUGUUCUGUUUGUCAUUAUUCCACCCUCUCUUUUUGGCAUGAAUUUUUCUUCUGUCUUAUUUCUUAUUAACCAAAGGAAAGAAAUCCAUCGAUCGUUUGUUUAUUGGGAAGUAGUGAGAUGAGUGAGCCCUUCUCAGAUUUGAGAAAAAAGGCCUGUGCCAAAAUGGUUUCAUCCAACAUCUCGGCCAACAGUGGUCUCCUUCUGCCCGGUUAAACCAGAGUGUGGGGGGGGACACUGUUUGCAGAGAAAAAAGGGAUACUUCCAGUGGUAAUAUUGUUUUCAUUUUUUUGUAUCAUGUUUUCUGUUACUGAAGGAAGAAUUCUGGGUAUUGUAGUGAUGUUAUUUUUUAAAUCUUCACCCCCCUCAAACUAGAGUCCCAAUAACUUCCCAGUGGAUUUCUAUUCAGGAUGUUGGGGAGGAUUUUUUAGUUGUCUUUUUAAAGGCAUAUUUUUGGUUUAUUUUUAUUACAUGUUUUUGUUGUUGCCACAGUGAUACUCAGUCUCCCUUGGUUACCAUUCCCAAACUCGCACCCGAUGUCCUUAACGCCGCAUUCACAUAGCAGCGCAACAGCUACAGCACAAGCCUUGUACCUUGGGUGGAAUUGGCGGCUAUAACUCCCAGGGUGCCUUCUGUUCCCACUAAGCACUAAUGUGGGGUCUGAUGGUUGUUUCUGGAGGUGUGGUCGCCUCGCCCCAUACUGUUCGUAAGUGCUGUUUUAACAACGAACAGAAGAGUCGUCUACAGCACCGACAGUGGGGGACGAGAUUAGAGGUAGGGUGCUUCCUCCCAGGCGCUUCUGUUCCAAUGUUACUGUGGAAACUGUUUCAGAGUUUCUGGGGUAACUUGUUGUUUAUGCCAGUCCGCCUAGCAACAUGCAUCGCCACUGAGAUGCGGCUGCCCCAAAAAGUUUUACGUUAUUUCUUUUUUCAACAAACAAUGAUACUAUUGCAUUUUUUCUUUUCUUUUUUUUCUGUUCUUUUUAAAGAUGAAUGCCUAUUGUGUACUUUUGAAGCACCGCAUAAACUUAAUUUUCUCGGUUUCGAGAAGCUACCGCACAUUUUUGAUUUCUGGCGAUUUUAGUUUUCAUUGUCGUGGUUGUCAUGGCAACUACAGGUCCACUGUUGGUUGGCCGGAUUUAACUUAAUAGGUUAAAAGGAGUGCCUGGUCACUCUCUCUCACAGACGCACACAGACACACACACACACACAAUUGCAAUCAGCUACAAUUCCUUUGUUCUACAUUUAUGUUUCACGUUUGAACAUGCAGUUUCAGUCUCUGUUUAUUAUUUUGCUAGGUGCAUCACACUAAACCACAUUACUUUCUCGAUCUGUUGUCCAUUUGAAACUAAGUGCUUAUUGUCGACUACAGUAUUCUGGAAAGGGUUGUUCCCAGGUUGAUAUAUUAAUUUAAUAUAUGUGUUUUGUAUGUACAUUAUUACCAUGAUAAAGUAUCUACCCAUUUCAUUUCAAAUGUGUAACAUAACGUUAGCUUUUUCGCCAACACGCCUCCCCUUCUACACAUUUGAUUACUGUUUAAAGGUUGUUUUUUUGUUUUGUUUUUUACAUUGCAGCUCGUUUCCUAUAUAUUGCAGUGCACUGUUAAUGGCCAGAGCCUUAUGAGGCCAGAAGUAGUAACCUAUAUAGGGAAAAUGGUGCCAUUUCAGAUCAGCCCUUUGGGUAAUGCAGGGAGGGUUGAGGAGGAAGUUGUGAUUUUCUGUAUGUCCAGGGUUAUGUUCUCAUUCAUCCCCCUUUUCCCUAAAGUGUGCACUUGUUCACUCCCCCUCGUUUAAUUUAAAAAAUAUAUUGGAUUGGUCUGUAUAAGUUUGCUGUCUUGGCGAUGAGGGAGGUCUAGAACAUUCCUUUUCUCAGCCUCUCUGGGGCUCCAGGUACAAGUUACCCCUAAGCACUGAUCUAGGAUCAGCUUUGCCACCCCAAGACCUAAGCUUGACCAUUUGGAGGAAAUCUAUUUAACUGACUAGAUCAAUGUCUAAGGGCAACUUCAUCCUAUUCUGGGGAGUUAGUUUGUUUCUCUCCUUUGACUGAGUUCGGGGAUCCUUAGUAUCUACUGUGCUGUGUGUAGUGAGCCCGUUCAUUGUACUGUAGGGUGUGUUUGUCGAACACUAGUCUGUGGCGUGCUUCUGGUGUUUAUGUAUCGUGGUGUGUUAGGAUUUGUGUGGGUGCGUGAGAGAGGGUGUGUGCGUGAGAGAGGGUGUGUGCGUGAGAGACGGUGUGUGCGUGAGAGAGGGUGUGUGCGUGAGAGAGGGUGCGUGUCCAGAGAAUACUGGUGUUUCAGCUGCCUGCUCCUCGAUGCCUGGUCAUCUCUUCUGGAUUCUGUUUUCCUCUGAUCACGAUAAAUUGGCUUUUUUUCUCUUGUUUCCUGUUUUGUUUCUGUCACGUAAAGCGUUUACAUGCAUAGAUAUGCCUCCCUAUGCAUAUGCAUUACAUGUGUUGGUUAUACUCUGAGAAACCAGUGCUCUUCAGUCUCACCUCCAUACUUAACCUGAAAACACUUUAAUGUGAACUUCUGUCAACCCUGACAGCAUACAACAAAAAAAAGGAAAAAUGUUGAACUCAAUGCAAACAAACGAAACAAACUAUAUUUUUUAACUUGUAUAUUGUACAUGAAUAUCUUGUAGAGGAGAAUGUACUUACUAAACAUAUCUAAUUGCCAAUAAGAUGAACUGUCUGUGUAAUCUAAUAGCUCUCUACCCUGUGUCGUGGAGUUGGAGCUUUCUCACAAAGCUUAAGAGGUUUAUCGUAUUGUAUUUCAUUGCAGGUAACCUGGGUAACUUCCUUGAUAACGAUAAUAAACGGCAAUGCUCAUGCCUCAAAA